UCUGGAGUCCACAUGUAUUUCUCUGCUGGCGACGGAAAAGAGCGCGAGUCUUGUUAUAAGUGAUUAUUAGCAAUUCACAGUAACUGCAAUUAGCCGAAGUCAACAGGAAAGAACUGCUGUAUAAUCUAGUAAAGAGACGUUUAGGUUGAGAAAAAAAAUAAAGUGCAUGACUCGAAAUUAAUUGCCUGGCUCGCAGCGGAUUUUCCCUAAGCUGUCUCAUUCCUUCAGUAAAUAACUUCAGGAACAGAACUCUAUCUAGCCAGCUCUUCUAGGCAUCAUGUAGGAGUUAUUUUAAAAACAAGAUUGCAUCUUCCAGCAUAACUUUUUUUUUUUUAAUGGAAUGUCAUAAUUUAAAAAGACUCUCUCAGAACUUGCAAAUUAUGUCUAAGGGAGAAGGAAGCAAAGAUUUCCGAGAUUUCUGAUCACAGUAAAACGAUCAGUCCUUGUACCUCUAGCAUAGCUUUGUCUUUCCAGAUUACCAUCAUGUCAGUGAAAUUUUGUAAUUUCCGAUUCUGAAAGCAUAGGGUAAUGUUUCUAUUACCAUGAUGCCUGGCGCAAAGCUCCACACACCUGGAGAGAGUUGAAGUCGCUAAAAAUUACAUCUCUGCUGUUCUUGGUGGAGUAGAAAGACACAUAAUGUCCAGACCCAAAAUAUUUCUGCCCUGACUACACUUGGCUGCCGUCACAUUUCCGAGUUCUGACAGCAGAACAUCCUCAUUUAUUCUAAUGUACCCAAUAUACACAUAAAUCCAUGUAGCUGGGUCUAGUGUAUCUCUCUCUUCUCUAUGUACACAUUCUACAUGCGUACUUUAUACAUAUACAUGUUUAUCCAUGCAUUCGUACAGUGCAUGUAAACUUCUGUAUACGUACAGCUAGAUACAGAGGCAUAUACAAACACGCUGCGUUGUGCAUGCUUGUCUGUCUGUGGAAGACUGUACUGUUAGUCCCUCUCUCUAGCCGCACUGAUUACAUGGAUCUGCGUCUAUAUGUACAUCGGAAUGCCCGUGGUUCCGACCACCUCGAGACCAGAAACAGCAUCGACCCCUCUAGCUCCGUCUGAAGAGAGCACCACCGUCGGGGCCCCAUUUGGCAAAUCAUGUCCGCUAAGCUCCUGCCGGUUUUCUUCCUCCUCUCAGUGUUUCACGCCUGUUCUAGAAAGGUUGAAGAGGAUGAAUAUGAAGAUGGAGCAACUAACCAAAAAUGGGUUUUAGCUCCAAAAACACAAGACACAGAUGUGACUCUCAUACUAAACAAGCUGUUGAGAGAGUAUGACAAAAAGCUACGUCCAGAUAUUGGAAUAAAACCAACAGUUAUUGAUGUUGAUAUUUAUGUCAACAGCAUUGGUCCAGUAUCAUCAAUAAAUAUGGAAUAUCAAAUUGAUAUAUUUUUUGCCCAGACGUGGACAGAUAGCCGUCUUCGCUUCAACAGCACCAUGAAGAUACUGACCCUGAACAGCAACAUGGUUGGCUUGAUCUGGAUCCCAGACACAAUAUUUCGUAACUCAAAGACAGCAGAGGCUCACUGGAUCACCACCCCCAACCAGCUCCUCCGCAUAUGGAACGAUGGCAAGAUAUUGUACACCCUCAGGCUGACCAUCAAUGCUGAGUGCCAGUUGCAGCUGCACAAUUUCCCAAUGGAUGAACACUCAUGUCCUCUGAUAUUCUCUAGCUAUGGCUACCCUAAAGAGGAAAUGAUUUACAGAUGGAGAAAAAACUCAGUGGAGGCUGCUGACCAGAAAUCUUGGAGACUCUAUCAGUUUGACUUUAUGGGUUUGAGAAAUACUUCAGAAAUUGUGAAAACCUCUGCAGGUGAUUAUGUAGUCAUGACUAUAUACUUCGACUUAAGUAGAAGAAUGGGAUACUUUACUAUUCAAACUUACAUUCCCUGUAUAUUAACAGUUGUUCUUUCCUGGGUAUCCUUUUGGAUUAAAAAAGAUGCCACACCAGCAAGAACAGCAUUAGGUAUCACCACAGUAUUGACCAUGACAACUUUGAGUACCAUUGCGAGAAAGUCAUUACCCCGGGUCUCCUACGUCACCGCGAUGGAUUUGUUUGUGACUGUAUGCUUUCUAUUUGUCUUCGCUGCUCUGAUGGAGUAUGCAACCCUCAACUACUACUCAAGCUGCAGGAAACCAAAUUGUACUAAGAAAAAAAAGUCGCUGCCUGAUGUCAGUUUUGGUCAUGUGAUGAAUUAUUCUGUACUUGAUAUGAGACCACCAACUACAGUCAUCACAUUGAACAAUGCCAUGUAUUGGCAAGAAUUUGAAGAUGCGUGCGUCUAUGAAUGUCUGGAUGGGAAAGACUGCCAGAGUUUUUUCUGUUGUUAUGAAGAGUGUAAAUCAGGCUCCUGGAGGAGAGGACGGAUUCACAUAGACAUCUUAGAACUGGACUCUUACUCCAGAGUCUUUUUUCCUACAUCCUUCCUGCUGUUUAACCUGGUCUACUGGGUUGGAUACCUCUAUCUUUAAAUGUUGCCUGUAGUGGUGAAGACUGCUAUGUUUUCACACUGUGGAGGGAUGGUGAGAGUGCAGAAAAAGUGAAGGACACGAUCAGUUUCAUCUCAAAUUAUAAAGGCCACAUUAACCUUCACCAUGACAGAGCCUGAGGAAGAAUUUUAAUAUGAAAUUGCCUGAUAAAGAAAAACACGGAAGAAUUCUCUCCUUACUGCUAUUCAUUUUAAGGAAAAAAUUCUUACAAAAUUCAGCUGAAUUUGUAGUGUAAACAAUGUUUAUGAAUAAUUAUUGUAUAUUAGAAUCUCUACUAUCUCCCUUGGCAUAGAAGCUAUUCAUAAUUCAGGCAAAGGUUAAAUAUGUCAUUUUUGUUCUUCCUUUCCAUACUUUAUUCAAAAUGCUGCCAUAUCCCUGAGACUCAGAGCAAGAUACGGGCACUGGCAAAUAAGCCAAAGCCAACAAAACCACUCAUUUGUAGUUAAACUUGCUUGAGCUAUGUUCCAUAGGGUUUGGGAAAUAUUUAACUGGUGAUUUCCUUGCUAUAGAGAAACCACCAAAAGACAAUAAGAAAUGUCUCUGGUGGGAUCAAAACAGACAUUACUUUCCACACAGGUCUGGGAGUCAUGGAAUUAGCCACUUAUCUACACAUAUCAGUUUUAACAAGGUUAAAAAGCAGAGUUAUAAGAAAGCUAUUAUUUUGAUAUAAAUAAAAGACUUGCCUAUCUCUGAGGCAGCUGUAGACUUAACUUCUACAUUUUUUCAAGCUUUUGACUGUCUUUUGUAUGACUGGUUAAACACAGGAUGGUCACGGAUUUCUAAAGUACUCUGCUUGACGCAGGACAAGAUUCCUGCUUGUUUGUGUCAUUGUAGCGGAUGAUAGUUGAUAGGCCAUGAGUAAAAAUCACUAUAUAAUAGCACUAGGAAUAUGUGACUUUCUUCAGAUUGCAAUUUAGUAAAAAGUGCUCUCAUGCACUCGUGUUUUUUUCUCUCAAAAGUUAUUUUACAAAAUUGAGAAAUAUGUGCCAAAGGACAUUUCUUGUUCCUUCUUUGAAGUUAAAUAUUGUAGUCCUUUCUCAUGACAGUUGUUCACUUCCUUAUGAGCUGAAGACUGAAUACUUUUUACUUGAAUAGUGCAUUACAGGAACUCAAUUGUGACACUUGGAUCAAACAUGAAAUAGUUGCCACAUGUAGAAAAAGGUUGCUUUCAUUUUUUUCCAAAACUACCAAAUAUAUUUUACCCUAAGAAGCUAUUUUGUAUUUUUCAAGCUUUGGACUAUUAAAUUCUUAAAAUACCCAUUUUUCAAAAAACUAGUUUUAUGGUGUUAAACUGGAUUACAUAUUUUACAGACUGUCUCAAUACUUGUUAUUAAGCAAACAAAACAGAUUAAAAACUAAACAGUAAUGGCUUUUCACUACCCUUUGGAUGACAAGUAGUUCCAAAUGAUUAAAGUUAAAACAUCCCUAAAACCAAAAAUCCUGGGUUUUUUUCUCUUCUGGAGGACCUGAUUAUUUUUUUUAUUAGCUCCAAAAGCGUGUACCUCUUCCACACAGUAUUUGAUAAAACUGAGUAGUAGAUGUGAUUGAAAAAGAGUUCCUUUUCUCCUCAGAAGGAAAACCCUGCAAACAAGCAAAAACUUGGUAAUUCUGAAGAAACAGAAAUGCUGUUGUGUUCUUUGAAAUAUCACUGUCUGUCAUUGCUGUUUCUCUGUGCUUCCUGUGAGUUUUUCAUUGCAAAACUUACUAACUCAAAAGUUAACUGUAGCUAUUCAAAAUACUUUCCUCAGUUUUUCACUUGUGUAAAAUAUCAGAGGCAGAGCUGGGUUUACAUGGGGGAGAAGAAUCAACUCUCCAAGGACUGACAAAAUUUCAAAUUAGAAGCACAGAGAAUAAAUAUUUUGUGGCAGGAUCAAAACCUUCUUUUUAGCAGAAUAUGCUCAAUCUGAUGUCUUCUAAACCAAUUAUAACCUCCUGAUUUCAAAAUACAUGUUGAAGUUUUUGCUAACUCUCAGUACCGAAUGACUAUGUAAAAUCUAUUACUCUGUAAACUGCUGUGUCCUGCACUUGGAAGUAUGGAUUUUAUUUAAGGAUGAGAGUUAUAUUUUCAGCAGUGCAAGAAGGUGAUUGAACUGAAGUUGAAUAUCAUAGUCUCUAAUUACAAAUUAGCCAACCAGCCACCUUCAGCCAUAUUUUUGCAAGAAUGCUAAAAACAUUUCAAGCUUAAAUAAAAGAAUGGAAACAGUUAUCCUUUAGGGGCCUGAUUCUGCAAACCCUCUGCACAAUCAAUUGAUUUUGGUGGGACUAGUGACACAGAUGAAACACAAGAAGGUUUCUUCCACCAUUAUAUCUUGAACAGGCAAAGUGAGGUUUAUUUGCCAAUUGCAUACUUGAGUGAAUGCCUGGGGAGUAAGUGUGGAAGCAGAAUGUUCCCAUUUUAGAUGAUGAGCAUAUAGUUUUCUUACACUUCUGAUCACAGCUACCUAUUCCUCUGAAAAGAACACAAUCCUGUCAGAUACUUCCUUAAAAGACUGAUACUGCUAAGUCCAUUCAUAUUGCCUCUGUUUUCUGAGUGCUUCCAUAAACACAAGCUGGAAGCAUAAAAUUCUACAUGUUUUCCACAGUCCUAACCAAGAAAGCACCUGCAACCACUACUGGCUUCCACUCUUAUACUGACAGCAGAGGACAUAUUCUACUUUGUAAUACAUUCUAUUCUGGGGUUAUGUUCAAAAAAUGUAUUUGUAUGCAAGGGGAGCAGCCACAGGUUGGCAUGUCCCAGAAUGCAUUCCUGUGCUUAUUCGUGAUUGCUUGGUUUACUGUCUUUGCUUCAAUGCUCUGUGCUUUGGCAGCCACUGAAAAACUGUAGAGAUCAGGGAAGUUUUCUGUGUUCUGCGUCAUUCAAAAUGCAAUUAUUCCAGACACCUAGAUAAUGUGUUCUGUAUAUAUCUAUGUGCCAUAUCCUCCUGUAGGAUUAAGAAUAUCCUCAUUAACCUUCAGAUAUUCUUUUGCUUCUUUCACAAAUUGAAAAAAAUAAUAACACUUCUGUGCACUGUCCCAUGAGAAAUAUAAUAACCACCUUUUAGCAUUUUAGAACAUUUUCUAUUGAAUAAUUUCAUAGUCAAGACUUGCAUUUAUACUUCUUUUUACCCUUUCAAGGAAGGGAAGGGAAGCAGGCGAAACCAAAUAACUAGUGAAAUGAACAUAGUGGGCAGGCAUGUAAAACCACAAAAUCAAAUAUUUUCACAUCACAUUCUUUCCUUUUUGAAGUUACAGAAAAUAUUGUGAGGGUUUGUCUAGACAACCAGCUUUUUCCCAGGAGGAUCUAAAGUCAAACUUCUUAUUCUCCUUCUUCAGUUAAAAGAAGAGGGACAGUGUUUUCGUGCAUUGGGGGCUGCACUUUCAAGACAAUUAAGAAUGCAUAAAGAUUCUGUUCUGCUUAAUUCAGUCUUCUUUGGUCUUCUGACCCCGAUGCCUAACAGACUGACAGCUCCUUCUUUUACAGCCAUUCUUCCAAGAAUAAGUGUAUAAAGACUUGCAGCCAGUUUAUGCUGCCUCCCUGUCCAGCAGUAAUGUGGAACUGAAGUGUGCCAGACAAUUUUAAUGUAACUUUCUAAUCAAGAAGUACAGCUGUAGAUUAAACACCCCAGGCACCUUUCUUCUCUUUUAGGUGCUCUUUUAUCAGCUCUCAACUGUACAUUGGUAUAUUGAACAUAUCAAUAAAAAUAAUAAAAAUUACAGCAGGAAGAAUCAUAAAAGCCAGAAUUGUCUUCACAGACACUGAAAUGAGUAGUGAAGCUAAAAGAGGAGUAAGAAAUUAUUUUUUAUCGCUGUGCAGUUCUUAUCAGUCCCACUCCUCUUAUUCAGUUCUUCCCACCACCUACCCACAGCUAAUUCCAAAUCAUCCACAUUCAUCAGCUGAAACAGCAGUGUCAUAUGAACCUUUAGCUGAUAGGAAAUGAUAUUUCUGGAACUGGAGGCAUCCAGCCAAAUAACUCAGAUAGAUAGCUAUCUCAAACACUUUUGCGGCCUUAAUGCUUCUCAGAGUCUAGCACCUCAUGUUGCUGCAUGAAUUUAUCACAACUCACCCUACUCGGCCAUUCCCAUGAAGGGAAAGAUGCUUAUCUUCUUUUUACAUGAAAUGUCACCAUACAUCUAGAAAAAUGACUCUGCCUUGCCCAUGCUCCAAGUGACUAGAUGCAAGGCUGCUCUGGAAAGACCGUAGUUGCUGUACUGAUGGCUUUGUGGGAAGGGAGACUGCCAAUAUUUUAAGACAGAUUUUAUUAACCUUGCAAUCUAGAAGGUUGGUGUUACCUUCUAAGCCAUAAAACAAAGUGUCCACUGCAACUUGUAAAGGCUGUCCAUAACAGACUUGACUUUUCCCAUUGGCCGCUCUUUCAUAGCUUCCAUAAAGCACUAAGAAAAGGCAAGACAUAUCCCAUAAUCUUGUCUGCCUACACAUCUAGAUGAUUUUUUUCAAGCUACAUUCUUCUUGCUUACAGUGAAAUUGUUGUGCCACUUACAUCAGUGCCUUUAGCAUUUCUCGAUAUUGGAGGAUAUGCUAUUCCUGUCCCGAGAGUUUGAAAGAGGGCCAAUGACCUUGCUGGAAUUCUUCCUGAGAAUCACCUUGUGUGACCAAUUUCUAGAUGCCUACCUUUGUCUGAUUUUUCUUUAUUUUUUAAGCAGUCUGUAGGUGUCUUAAUUUCUAAGUAGCAAGAAAACUGCAGUGGGAAUUCAUAGCAGAAUCUUUCCAUCUUUACUCAGCAAAUUCAUUCCACCAGGAGAUACAGAGCAUAAACUCAAGGCUGAUAUUUACCUCAUCCAGGUCACUUCCCAGAAGACUGUUUAAAAAAGGUAAAAAACAAACUAUGCAUUGGGAAUGUGUUUCAAAGCUGAAAAGUAAGGUUUUUUCUCCUUUAGAGGUUGGUGGUUUGUUUUUUUGUUUUUCUUUUUUUUUUUUUUUUAUUUCUGAGUUCAUUUUAUAUCCUACCUCCAUCCUUCCCUUCACCUAUACAAUUGGCAAGAACAAAAUGAGCUCAACUCACAUUCACAUACUGAAAACUUCCACUGAAACCUACACUUACGUGUAAGCAUAAUGUCUUUAUUCUUAUACUAUAUUUAUAUGUCUGCAAGCUUCUUAUCAUUCAUGACAUUGUCUUCUUGAAGGACCUAGUAUAUAUAUGAAAAAUGAAGGCCUUCCUUCAAGACUCAGUGGCCUUAAUGGUUUUCCCUUUUCUCCUGGGAUCCAUGUUUUGUCUGAACAACACAAACAAAAAGAAAAUCUACUUUCCUCAUCAUUUAAGCCAGUAUUUUAGAUACUAAAAACAUAACUAUGUUUUAUAUCUAAAGUGAAAUGAUUUAACAGAAAAAAAUAAUCUCUGCUUGAACUGCAUUGCUUUGACAAGUUAAAUAGUAUAUUUUUGUACAUUCUAUCUAUGAUGGAUAACUCAAAGAGAUAUGCUACCCUAUAAUCCUGUUUAGGAUUAAGUCCUGAAACAGGGCUAAGUAUUAUUCUAAUCAUCCAACUUACCUAGCAGCUGUUUCUUUAAAUUACUUUGGAUUGUGACACAUUUCGAGCAAUUGGUUAGUGUCUGACAAUCUUCCUCUAGGGAGAUAUAUACGAUCUGUGCUGAUGUAUUCCUUUCUACAAACUUUAUUUUUUCUCUUCUGUUGUGGGUUCUCAAGUCAGUGUCUGUAUGCACCUAGAGUCCUCAAGGGUUUUCCUAGAAUACAUGUGAAAUUAGACAAUAAAAUUCAUCAUGAAGUUCAGUGCCUCAGAGAUGGACACCUGAGAAUUCCCUACUUUCUAUCAAAAACUUGCAUUUUGAUCUUGUAAUCAUUUGCUAUUUAUGAAGGAUAAACACAGCAGAAGACAUGUGGUUAUGUUUAUUCAUAUGCCUGGAGGUAGGCCUUCUCAAGGACUGAACCAGGCAAACCAGGCACUGAUACAGUCAGUUAUUUGCCAGAUAUUCUUUUACCUAGGUAAUGAAUGACACUAGCCAGAGGAGCCGCAACAACCUGUUUAGUGUCAUGGAAGCAUUCACAUAACUUUGAGGACUAAGCCAGCCUGCAGAACUUCUUAUACAGGAACCCAGGUGCUCCCUUUAGUGCUUCAUACAGUGCUUAAUACUCUCCUAACCUCUCUUUACCUUCUCGCAGCCUAUGACAGUGCUUGGGAGAGGUGAAGCUGUACCGACACAAUAUAUUCUAAAACAAAAAGAAUGAAAUAUCUACAGCAAAUCUGGUGACUUCUUGUUAUUUAGACUGCUAUUAUUACAAGUUCUAAGGAGAAGGCCUCUAGGUCUGACUCAAAAGCUUCCUCAUCAGUCAAGAUCAUUGACCAGAAGAAGGGUUUAAGUUAAAAUACUUUCACAAGCAAACAAGAAGACCUUUGGAUCAUGUUCUGGUGGGAAUGACUAUCCAUUGACUGUCUUCAAAGCUUGUGGAAAGCAGAUUUGUAAUUUAUGUACUUAAAGUGAGGUGAAAACUAGGGAAAUGCCAAAAAUUCUCAACUGUGCAUUAAAAGAAAAUUGAUGAAAAUACCGAUAUUGAUUACAUAUUUGAAGAAAAACUGCUGACAAAUGAACGUGAAACAAAGCAUGCUGGAGUCCAUUCCAUACUCACAGACCACACAGGAGCCUUAAAAUGUGAGCUGCUGUUGAACUCAUGGAAAGCUGGUAAAAUAAUUGCAUCUGACAGCAUUACACAGGCAGACCAGGGAAGUACGCUAUUGCCAAAGAGAGUGUCCCAAAGGAAACAAAAUUUCAAAUAACCUUCCACAAAACAAUGCUCCUCUGAAUGACAGGUGGAAACCUUGUGCAGAGAGAUUACAGUAUCAGCCCUACAUAUUCUCUUUUGUAGUUAAUAAAGAGUUCUGUGACUUUAUUGUCAUCCCUGGUCAUGUGCAAUAUCAACCAUAAAACAUGUCCCAACAUGUGGCUGUCACAGGUAGAAACACCAUGCUGGAAAGAACCUGAGCCAAGUGUGUGACUGUCACAGGCAGUCAUCAAUCACCUCAAAUAACCCUGUUUUAAAUUCUCAGCAUACUCCUCUCAAAACAUUUUUCCCAACAUGCCAACAUGUGGAUAUUUGUUUUAAGUGAGUGCAAUUUUAGGAAUCACAUAAAAACUGCCAACUAUGUGCCAAAUUGAACUUUCUUAUAGAACACAAAAUUUUAGAUUUUUAAUUAUCUUUCCUUCCUAACUUUUUCUUAGGGACGUCUGAUUUCUUUGCUAGCAGUGCAGCUUGUGAUGUCAUAGUGAAAUGAAAGUACAAUUAUGUGCCCAAUGUGCCUUGAAUAAUACAGGUAGCACUAGUACCAGUAUGUCAUUCUAAGUUAGAUAGCCAUCCUAGUGAUCUCCCAGACUGACCUAACCAUAAAAAUCAAACACCUGUGUGCUUCACCUCCUCAAGUUCUCAGAUGUCUUUCCCUUAUCUACCACAUCCAUUCCAGUUUAUUUUGUGUUAAGGAGUAGGGCUGUGCGUCUAGAAUACUAUUUAUAUUCGUAUUUUGAUCCCAACAUUUGUAUUUCUGGAUACAAAUAAAUACACAUUAUCAAAAAAUGCAAA